UGACAGCGCUUCUUUUGCUAAACGCUCAUUGACCAGGAGGAGGUGAACGCAGCGUCUGGGGGAGCUUCUCUGUCUGUCUGCUGGCAACCUGAUUGACUAACAUCACCCACGCCCAUAAAGUGGUAACAUACAGGAAAUGAACCGAGCUGCUAGAAGAACAGCCGUCUUUUCCCGCUGAGUCUGACCGGCUUGAUUGUUCCAGUGCAGUGGUCGUGAUUUCCGACUGAAGCCCGCCGUGAAACGCUAUCGGUUCUAGGUCUCUGAUGUGUAGCAUCCACUGUGCAAGUUAGCCGCUUUAGUACCGUGUAGCUGGCCCUCCCUGGUUCGGACCCAUUCAACGCUCAUUUUGCCUGCCUAACACUUCUCCAUCCGAAAAAUGGCAACCCAGAUCGAUAAAGAGGCUUGCAGAGAGGCUUACAACCAAGUGAGGGACGAUAACACUGACAUCAAUUGGGCUGUGUUUAAAUAUGAGAACAACAUCAUCGUGCCUGGAGGACAAGGGACUGACUAUGAGGACUUCAAGAUGCUGUGCACAGACGACGCUCGUCUGUUUGGCUUCCUCCGGAUCACGACGGGAGAUGCCAUGAGCAAACGAGCCAAGUUCACCCUCAUCACCUGGAUCGGGGAAAGCAUCAGCGGGCUGCAGCGUGCAAAGAUCAGCACGGACAAGACGCUGGUCAAAGACAUUGUGCAGAACUUUGCCAAGGAGUUCAUGAUCAGCGACCCGCGGGAACUGGAUGAGGACUACAUCCGCACAGAGUUGAAGAAGGCCGGCGGAGCCAACUACGACGCCCAGGCCGAGUAAAGAAGUGCCACUGGAAGGGUCGGGUCAGGGCGGAGCGGCUGUGGGUGGCGGGGUGGGCUUGGGUUGUCUAAAUGGGGGGGCGGGGAGUGUUGGGACUGGGCUGCUACCUCUCGGGGAGAGGGCAGGGCAGGAUGGAGAGGGCACUAGCUUACUGAGGAAAAGCCUCUUUGGAUGUGUCCACAUCUGUAUCAGGGUGCUUCUGUCCUCGAUUUGUAGGAUAAACAGCUGGAACCAAUGCAGCUGCAUAACAGAAUAUACAGGUUAACCACCACAAACGUGUACUUAAAGCAAGCAUAUAAGCACUCUUACAGGUGUCCUCUCCUUUCUGACACCCUGCCCUCUCCCCAGUCAGCUCAUGGUUGGUUAUCUACUGUGCUGUGCGUCAUCAUCUCACGCUCCUCCUCGUCUCAGCUGUCGUCCGGCUUCAGCGCCAUCCGACUGAAAGCGAAGGAGGAAAAUGUGGAAAAACUGGAGGGCUUCACUUCAAAGAUGCCCUGAGAGCGGCUCAUGUUAUUAAGACUGUUCACCGAUAAGAGCACAGCAGACACCCCUCGCUUGCAGGCAUGUGUUAGAUACCAGAACAUGCUCGUAGUCUUAAUACACUGUACCUCCAGGUGGAAGAGAUCUCCAUUUUCCCAACAGUAUCCUCGGUGAUGGUUGGCGGCUUGUUUUGAGCAAGCUUAGCGUUUCUGCUGAGUGCACAUUUAACUGCCUCUUCAUCUCCAGCCAGACAGCUGUGUUUGGAUUACAGCUUCAGAGUUCACUGUAAUUGAUCCUCCUCUGAGCUGUGGAGCCUUCUUGUCCCUCUAGUUUCUGUUUGUCUUUAUCCGUGUCAGCUGAGAUGGCAAACAACCAUGUUCGUGGCUUUGGCCUGUAUUUUGCUAUAGAGGCACAAAGGAAUGACUAAUAUAUUGAUCUGUAAGCAUCCGUUGCAGUCGGCUAUCGCCUGUUCGCCUCAACCUCUGAGGAUAGUGAAAAAUGGAGGUCUUUUCUUCUGGUGUCUCAUCUCAUCAUCUACCACUGAAAGGUAUCCAUGCAUACUGUAACCUACUGUGUUUGACUGCCUUAGUCUCCCAUGGAGAGAGGGUCAUCAUGGGAGCUUGUGGACACUACACUGUGAUUGGCUGUCUUCUUUUACAUGUGGGCGGGAUGUGGGUCUGAGCCCGUCGUCCUGACCCAGGAGCAGCCACGUCUCGGUUGUAGCAUCUGUUUUUAUUUAGGUUCAACCCUCCCUUCCCCCCCUGCUAAAAAGGAUAAAAUAGGAUUGUAUUUCUUUGUACUUUUCUUGCUUUUGAGAUGAAUUUUAUUUUCUCUGGAAAGUUUUACUUGAUCAUUUUUGUUUUUUGGUUUUUUGUUUUUGUUUUUGUUUUUUAACAUUGGAACAGGAAAAAAAAAAUCAUGCAAAAUUGAAAUAAAACAGAAUGGGCACAAGACCGGUCAUUUCAAAAUAAAAUUUGAUGUUUUUUCCAAAA